AUGGUCAAAGUUACUGUUGCAGGUGCUGCUGGGGGUAUUGGUCAACCAUUAUCCUUGCUUUUAAAAUUAAAUCCAAAUGUUGAUGAGUUGGCAUUAUUUGAUAUCGUCAAUGCCAAAGGAGUGGCUGCAGAUUUAUCCCACAUUAAUACACCAGCUGUUGUUACUGGACAUCAGCCAGCAAACAAGGAAGACAAAACAGCAAUCAGUGAAGCUUUGAAGGGAACUGAUUUAGUUAUUAUCCCUGCUGGUGUCCCAAGAAAACCAGGUAUGACUAGAGCCGAUUUGUUCAAUAUUAAUGCUUCCAUUAUUAGAGACUUGGUUGCUAACAUUGCUAGAGUCGCUCCAACUGCUGCAAUUUUGAUUAUCUCGAAUCCCGUAAAUGCCACUGUGCCAAUUGCUGCUGAAGUGUUGAAAAAAUUGGGUGUUUUCAAUCCGCGCAAAUUGUUUGGUGUCACUACCUUGGAUAGUGUCAGAGCAGAAACCUUUUUGGGUGAAUUGACCAACACUGAUCCAACCAAAUUGAAGGGUAAAAUUUCAGUUAUUGGUGGUCAUUCUGGAGAUACUAUUGUGCCAUUGAUCAAUUAUGAUGCUAGUGUUGGUGUAUUGAGUGACUCUGAUUACAAAAACUUUGUACACCGAGUUCAAUUUGGUGGUGACGAAGUUGUUAAAGCUAAGAAUGGUGCAGGUUCCGCCACUUUGUCUAUGGCCUAUGCUGGUUAUAGGUUUGCUGAUUAUGUGAUUAGCUCAUUAACUGGUCGUGCUACACCUGCUGGUAGAAUUCCGGAUUCAUCAUACGUUUAUUUGCCAGGUAUCUCAGGAGGUAAAGAAUUCUCUGCAAAAUAUGUUGACGGGGUUGAUUUCUUUUCAGUUCCAGUCGUAUUGUCACAAGGUGAGAUCAGAUCAUUUGUAAAUCCGUUUGAAGAGUUAACCGUAACUAACGAAGAGAAAAAGUUGGUUGAAGUUGCAUUGAAAGGGUUGAAAAGCUCAAUUACUCAAGGUACGGAAUUUGUCAAUGCUUCUAAGUUGUAA